GCACUGUUAAUGUGUGAAUGCAACAAGGAAGGAAACUGAGCUCUGUAUGUUCUCUUCAGUGUAUAAAAUCUGCCACUUCCUCAGGCUGACCAAACCGGCAGUGCAGUGUGCCUGAAGGUAAGAUCUUGCAGAUAUUUGCUCUGCACCUCUUAUGUCUGCAGUGACCUAGUUCCCAUGUCUCUAAUCUGAGCUUGCUUUCUUUUUGACGCUGUUGUAUAAGAGGGGCUUGAUUGUCACAUUAUUUUUCAGAUGUGUCAGUAGACGUGUAGCAAGGGGGAAGGUGUUGAGUAAAUGUUUCAUAAUCACAGUUCAUUUUUUAAUCAUCUUCAAGUGAAAAAUCCCAAGUGACUGUAUAAGUGGAAGUUUCCUUUUGUCUUUGCAGUGUAGCAUCGUUUUCUUCCCUCAAGACUGAAUGAGGUGUAUUUACAUUCUGCAUUUUGGUGUCACAUGCUGACAUGUGUAACACAUCUGAAUCAUUAUUUUCUUUUGCGCAUGCAUGAAUGUUUGCAGGUGUACCUAUGGAGACUGCAUGCAUCAGAGCAGUACAGUGAAAGUGAAAUAUGUAAAGUUUCAAGUUUUGUUACACGUGAAUUUCCUGUAUGUCCAUCUUUGCUGAGCUUAUUUUUAACUGACUGAAUUACUGUGAAGAAUUUCAUGAACCUUGCACUGUUAAAAACUACUUGGAAACCUACUGCACAGAUGUCAACACCAUGCAGAUAAAUUCCUUCAAAUAUUUUGGGUGACUUUCAGCUCGCAGCAGAGGUUUUGCGUGACCCAGUCAGGUUUUGGAAUAACAAGUCAUUUUUUCUAAAAGUGUAGUCAUGACAUUCGGUGGGUUUUUAUUUGGAAUUUGCUUGUGGUGAUCAGUCUGGCCGUAUGCGCAGACGUGCUGCCAGAGCUGACUCGAGGUAUGUAGUCAUUCACACGGGUCUUCCAGGAAGCCCCUGCCUCUGGGUGGGAAAUGUUUCAGAGAGCUUGCGACUGUGUUGGUCUGUCUCACAGCGUUCAGACAUCGUAUUUGGGUCCCUAUGUAAUCAGUCAGGUGUCCUUUACUGUCACUGCUGCGGUGGGCUGAUUUUGAGUUCCCACCCUCUAUUCUCGGAUGUGAACUCAGAGUCACCACUUAAACCACGGAUAGCCUGAAUCAUUAUAGUCCUCUGCAUAGUAAAGGCGUGAGUGAAAUGACUGUGCUUGUACUGGCGAAAUGAUCAUGAGCCCUAUAUCAAACUGUUAAUCUGAGGGCUGGCAGUGUUCAAAUGAGGGAUCACAUCACAGACAAGCAUGAAGAAAUCCCCCUGCUGCAUCACAACCUCCUUCUAGCAGAAUAUUUCCCAUCUUGCCUCAUUGAUAUUUACAACUUGAGAGAAUCCCUUUAGGCAUGGUGCACGUCAGCAGAGGACAGAUAACAGCUGUGUCCCUCUGGGAGCCAUGAUGUCUAAUUACUAAUUACAGCUGACACUGAUUGUUUUUUCCGGCCUCUUGGCAGCUCUGGAUAGUAACAAGAACAGGCUCUUAUCUACUAACACAGGCUGGUAUUCAGCUAUUCAGCAGGCCACUUCCCCCAUUCCCCAUGUUUCAUUUGUCUGCUACAGAAGAGGAAAAUGGUUUGUACAAAUUAAAAAAAAAAAAAUUAGAAUUGGACCCACUCAUGAGAUGAAUGAGAACUUAAAGGAGUAGUUUGACAUUUUGUGAUUUGGCCUCUUGCUUUAGAUUUAGAUAAAUCUACUGAACUGCAAAAAAAUAGGGGGAAAAAAGGAGAGACUAGAACACAGACGCACAUCGGCCAUCAAUAAUGCAAGGGUUGGCAUUUGGUUUGUUUAGCAGCCCCUGCCAUCAGUGAAGCAUCACUGCUCUUCCAGCAGCUGAGGAAGCGGCACUGGCUUGUUGGAAAAGGGGACCUAACAGAGGGGGGGAAGAUGAGGACAUAGGUAGCGUGAGAAAAGCUGUGUGGAAAGAGCCCUUAUAUGUUACUCAAAUGUAACUGUGUUUUCAAAUGUCAUCAGAUCCUGUGCUGCAGCAGGUCUAUGGUUAUUCUGGCUAACUAGCUACGUGCGUCAUCAGAAGGCAGAGUUGUAGCUCCUCACUUGCCUUCAGAGAAAUUAAUAUUAAAAGAGGGUAUUUCCUGGCUGCUAAGGUAGAAAGGUUUCAUCAUCCAACUGGAAACAACAAGCUGUACAUCUGCACAGGAGGUCUCAUCCAGCUCUGACGUGGAUGGGAGACUCCAAGGACACCACAGUCAGGAGAAGAAGGAUCUUGCCAGCACGUAGAAUAAUCUUAACUAUCUUUUUCACUUUUCAGCUCCAGGAGACUAAAGAGGUCUGAGCGUGGGUCCAGCAAAGAGAGGGGAGGGUUUAAGAGGAGAGGAGGAGGAGACAGGAACCAAAAUAAGACAGUGAAGCAGAGAGGAGGACAGACAGAGAGAAGAGGAGCAGUGACAGUGACAGAUCAUCAAAGACUGUUGAUCAAAGAUGGAUUUAAAUUUGCUUCAAACUCUGGAGAAAGAUCGAGUCCUGGAGGUUCUUCGGAGGGACAAACAGCUGCGCAUUAUCGAAGAGGACAGAAUCAGGAGGAUGAAAUACGAGCUCCAGGAGCUCAGGAGGAGAGGUGCCAAGAGUUUUGCCCGGCAGUACGGUGAGCGGACCUGCGCCCGCUGCCAGAGACCUCUGGGAAAGUUCUGGAACUCAGGCGCAGUUUGCCGUGGCUGCAGCCACCGCAUCUGUAGCAGGUGCCGUGUGGGAGCAGCGGACUGGAAGUGCACGGUCUGCCACGCCUACAGGGAAGUGAAGAUCAGGUCGGGGGAGUGGUUUUUAGAGGAGAAGGCAAAGAAAUUUCCAGUCACCACAGACAAAUAUGAAACAGUUGGGGAGAAGCUACUAAAGACCUAUAAUGUGCUGAGCCAUAUAUCAGUUGUGCCACCCACUCCUCCACCCCAUUUGGAUUAUCACUUUCUGAGCAGAUCUGGGGAUUUGAAAAACUCAAAACCUUUUACCAAAUCUAUGGAAAACCUAAUGGUUUCCUUCACGAGUCACAUCAGAAAGAUUUCAACUUCUCAAAAUGAUGUGCAAGGAGACCUGCUGAGUGUUGAUAAUGGACGCAAAGCGUCAUGCUUCACCUACAGCACGCAGAAGAGCCUGUCUGACACAGACAUCAACAAAACUACCCAUCUCUUCAAAGUCCCAAGUCUUCCAAACCUGUUCAAGAAAAGCAAAGACAGUGAUCACGAAGGCUCCUCCACCGGAGCUGAAGAAGAAACUUCCUUUGGUUCUGAGUACUCGGGAGGAAAGAGAGGCAGUAGCAGCAGCAUCAGCACAGAGUGUGGCCUCUUUGAGGGCAUCACCGUGGCAGGAGAGCUGGAGCUGGCUCUGGCCUACAACACCAGCACCUCCUGUCUGGAGAUCACGGUCGGUGCCUGCAGAAACCUCACUUACGGAGAUGCCAAAAAGAGGAAGUGUCACCCAUACGUCAAACUCUAUGUGCUGCCGGAAAGGAGUGGCAAAAUGAAAACCGCAGUGAAGAAAAACACAACUGAUCCUGUUUUUAAUGAAGUUUUGAAGUAUCAAAUAGAGCGUCACCUGUUGUUUGGAAAGAGACUGCAAGUCACUGUGUGGCAUUCAGGAUCCCUGAGAAGGAAGGUGUUUCUAGGUGAGGUUCUUAUUCCACUGGAUGGCUGGAGAUUUGAGGACAAAGCCUCCCAGUACUUCAACUGGUACCCGCUGUGUCCAAAGGCUGAGAGUCCAUCUGGAGGCCUGGUGGAGCAGGAUGGAGGGGAACUGGUCAAAUUCAGCUCCAACAACCAGGGUGUCUGACUCUGGGAGUUGGCACAAAGCUCGUCCAGACGACGCCCAGUUCUGAAGGUGAGAUCAGGCGUCUCACCAGCUGCUCUUUGACAGGGUCUCCAGGACAUCUCUAUGAACCUGGACCUGUGGGACAAAAACCCUCUCAGGGACAACUGGGAGGGGCUCAGAUAGACCCGGGUAACAACAGAGAUUUUCUUUUAAAUGGCCAUUUCUCUGAUAACUCAUCUAUUUCCCAUUGAUAAGCAGUAUGUAAACAGUUAAUGAAUGGUUUACACACUAUGUCUUACUUGUAAGGAGAUACAGGGAUAUUCUUAAGUGAUUAGCCAUGCAUGUGUUAACAACUGGCACUACUCUUGUGAAACAUUUGUGACAAUAAAUAGUUACAAUGUAAAUAAGACAAACUGUAUGUAUUUGUAUUUCAUAGAAACAUUAUGUGAUGUAUUUAUUUCAUUAGUGAAUUAUACUCAGGAUAUUUAUUAAUAAACUAUUUAUUUAUACAUA